AACACUCUGCCCUUUGACCCAACGACCAACAGCGACCCUCUCCACUUCAGCAGCUCAAACGAGCCACUGGUGACUGAGUGUCCGUCCCUGGAAAAUACUGCUGAAAAUGGCAAGAAGAGGAAAAGAACCAGUCUGCCUCCAGCAGACGGGACCCGUAACAUGACCAUGGCCUCUAACUCCAUGACAAUGCCCAUGUCAGACCCCAGCGCCUGGGCAACGGCCAUGAGCAACCUGGGGAUGCCUCCGAUAAGCAUGACUGGACAGCAGCUCUUGCCAGAUUUUGACCCCAGUCUGGGGCUGAUGACUGGCAUUGCCCCCCUAAAUCCCAUGAUGCCCGGCCUGGGCCUGGCGCCCCCGCCCCUCUCCCAGGAUGUACCAGUUGUCAAGGAGAUCAUCCACUGCAAGAGCUGCACGCUGUUUCCUCCCAACCCCAACCUUCCGCCGCCAGCCACGAGGGAACGCCCUCCAGGGUGUAGGACGGUAUUUGUCGGCGGUCUGCCUGAGAACGCCACUGAGCAGCUCAUCAUGGAGGUCUUUGGACAAUGUGGGGAUAUUGCUGCUAUCAGAAAGAGCAAGAAGAACUUCUGCCAUAUCCGAUUUGUUGAGGAGUUCACUGUGGACAAGGCUCUCCUCCUCUCUGGUUACCGUAUUCGUUUGGGCUCCAGCACAGAGAAAAAAGACUCCGGCCGUCUCCACGUGGACUUCGCCCAGGCCAGAGACGACCUCUAUGAGUGGGAGUGUCGGCAGCGCAUGUUGGCCAGAGAAGAGAGGCACCGGCGUAAGCUGGAGGAGGAUCGCCUGCGGCCGCCCUCCCCUCCUCCCAUCGUCCACUACUCCGAGCACGAGUGUAGCGAGCUUGGAGACAGGAUCAAAGAUGACAAUAAGUUUCCUGAAUCAGUGCGUGUGCUCUUGACCUGGCUGGAACGAGGAGAAGUCAACCGCAGGAACGCCAACAACUUCUACUCCAUGAUCCAGUCCUCCAACGGCCACAUCCGCCGGCUCAUGAGCGAAAAGAGUCAGCAUGAGAAGGAGAUGGAAGAGGCCAAAGACAAGUUCAAGACGGCGAUGGCCGCCAUACUGGCUCAGUUUGAACAGAUUGCGUCUGUAUUCCAUGCUGCCUCCAAACAAAAGGCGUGGGACCACUUCUCCAAAGCUCAGCGGAAGAACCUGGACGCGUGGCAGAAGCAGGUGGAGAAGAUUAGAAACAUGCACAAUGAGCAGCUGAUGGGCAUCAGGGGGGAGGAGGAGAUGGAGAUGUCUGACGACGACAUGGAGGCUGCCAACAGCAAAGACUCCGAGGACUCAGGUGUUUCCCAAGCAGAGGCCUUGAAGGAGGAGAACGACUCCCUGCGCUGCCAGCUGGACGCCUACAGGAACGAGGCGGAGAUGCUCAAACAGGAGCAAGGCAAGAACCAACCAAUCAGCAGUGAGGAGGGCAACACACACUCUCAGCAGCUCCGAUUCCUGCAGCAGGCCCUGCAAGGCAUGCAGAAGCAACUGCUGAGAAUGAGAGACGAGUUGAAGGAGCGAGAGGCAGAGCUUGAGAAGAGUAUCGAAGACAAAGAGCAGCUGAAGAACCAAAUCCAUAACCUCAAGGAAGAGGAUGUAACAGCGUCAUCUGUGGUGUCCUGCAGUCAGGAGAAGGAAUUACUUCCAGAGAAGAAUCCUCCCAGUCCUGUUCACUCAGAGAGGGAUGCACUGCUAGUUGGGAUCAUUUCAACCUUCCUUAAUGUCCACCCGUUUGGAGCCAGCAUCGAGUACAUCUGUUCCUACCUGCAGCGUUUGGACUCUAAGAUCGACCCCGGUGAGGUGGAGGCUCUUCUUUCUCGGCUGCCCUGCACCUUCAGACGGGAGCUGACUGGCGUCGGAGCCAGUCUGGAGAAACGCUGGAACUUCUGCGGCUUCCAGGGCAUCAAGAGCGCAUAG